GCAUCUAAAUCUCCUUCACAACAAUAAUAACAAUAAUAACGUUACAUUCCCCGUGAAACUAAUAUGCCCCCGCGUCCAACCAGAUGUUGUAGGUGUGCCUUGACUAUUCGGGCAGGUAGUAAGCGUAACCUAUCGCGGCCUGUCCCUCGGUGCGCGCGGAUCGACAAAUAUAGAUCGGUACCGCCGAUCUUGCAUUAACAAUGGAUGCUGCUCUUAUAUGUAUAUGUAUAUGUAUAUGUAUAUAAACACCCGAACCCCUGGAUCAGAUGAGCUUGACCAAGAAGCUUAAGUGAGCCUCCCCCUCUUCUUCCUUUUCUUCCUAACCCUAUCCAUUCAUUCAUUCUUUACCCGUAGGAAGAAUACAGAUAGCGCGAUGAAGCUCUCUACUUUCGCAAGUAUCCUCGCCGCGACCGUUCUCGGCACCCCUGUCGCCGCAGCUCCAACUCCAACAGCGGCUUCGGCAGGGUCUGCAGGGUGCGGGAAAGCUCAUUUGCUCCCCGGCGUAACGACAUAUAAUAGCCUUACGAGCAGCGGGCGUGGGCGGAACUACUUCAUCCACACGCCGGGGAACUACAGCGAGACGACGCCGUAUCCGGUCGUGCUCGGCUUCCACGGCUCGAGCAGUAUAGGGCUGUUCUUCGAGGUGGAUACUGGGUUGAGCUCUGACAGCUUUAGCGCAGAUAAAAUCAUGGUCUACCCGAACGGUGUCGGCGGCGCCUGGGCUGGCGCAAACUACUCCGAGGUCUCGGUGGAAGAGGACUUGCAGUUUGUCUCGGACCUGCUAGAUGAUGUCCGGGAUUCGUACUGCGUAGACGACAGCCGGAUCUACGCCACGGGCAUGUCCAUCGGCGGCGGCUUCGUCAACACCAUCGCGUGCAGCGACGUAGGGGGGCAAUUCGCCGCCUUCGCGCCGGCCUCGGGGUCGUACUACACGGACAACGACGCUACGCACGGGGCCUGCACGCCGGCGCGGAGCCCGCUGCCUGUGCUCGAGGUGCACGGCGGCGCGGACGGCAGCGUGCGCUACGACGGGGGAGACGGCGAGGGCGGCGAGGAGCCGAGUAUUCCGACCUGGCUCGGGUGGUGGGCGCAGCGGAACGGGUGCGACGACGGCGCGAAGCUGGUCGAGGAUAGCUUUGGUGGCGACGUGCAUCAUACUACUUGGAACAACUGCGGGGGCGAGGAGGGCGUGUUGCAGCAUUGGAAGGUCGAUGAUAUGGGACACUGCUGGGCGUCGACCGAGAUCAACUUCUCGCAGGUGGCGGCGGGACAGGGGCCGACGCAUAUCCAGGCGUCGCAGAUAAUCAUGGAGUUCUUCGAUAAGUUCACCAAGCCGUGAAGAGAGUAGAUGCGCCCGUGUGGUAUUUUUGGGGGGAUGGAGUAAUAUUCGUAUAUAUAUAUAGGGUACAUAGGUAGGUAGCUGGC